AUGCACGCUGCGGCGAGUCAAGCCGGGGAUGAUGAAGAGGUGGUGGUGCAUGGGCACAUCGUCAUCGGAUCAGGCGUCUUUGGAUCAUCCACUGCGCUCGCACUCUCACGUCUAGGUCAUAGCGUCACAGUGCUGGAUCGCUCAGCUUCCGGCUACUGCGCUCCCGAUGCCGCAUCCAACGAUCUCAACAAGAUCGUCCGAGCGGAUUACAAGGACGAACAUUAUGCUCGAUUAGCCAAGAUGGCCAUCGAACUUUGGAGAAGAGACGAUAGGCUGAGGCAAUGCUACCAUGAGGUCGGAUUGCUGCUUCAUUCGGGAGCGUCGAAUCCUGAUGGACAAGUGUAUGUCAAAAAGGGAUUGUCGACUGCCUUGAGGGAUGCGCAUCAAGAGCAGGGGUCGAGCAGCUCCUCUGAGCGCGUCCAUCCAUCCAGCGCCACCGUCGAGUCGGGCAAGACGACGGGAAGCGUCGGCACGUCCAUGCCUGCGCCUCUGCCUCGCCUCGCUUACGAGCUCACCUCGGAGGAGCAGACCAGCAGCGUGUUUGCCGCUGAUUUGCAGCUUGGCGUUGGCUUGAAGGGCAUCGGCAAGACGCAGCAAGCCUACAUCAAUCCGCGCGCAGGCUGGGCCGAAGCGCAAAAAGCCACCAACAUCGUGCUCGAUCAAGCUAAAGAGCUGGGUGCGCGCGUACUGAGCAAUGCCAAUGUCGUCGAACUUCUGCACGACGACCAAUUGCGCUUCUACGGAGCGCGAUUGCAAGAUGGAAGAGUUGUUCGAACGAGCAAUUGCGAUGCUCACGUCAUUUGCUGCGUUGGAAGCUGGAGCACAAAGUUUUUGCACUCUGCUUUGCCCCCCAAAAUUCAACGACCGCCAAGCACCUCUUCAGCUCAGUGCGUCUUGCUUCUUCGCGUCAAGAAUGCGCAGUUGAGACGCCAGAUGAAGGGUAUUCCCGUAGUGCUCAAUUUCGACACUGGUUUUUACGCUUUUGAACCGAAUGACGAGGGACUUUUAAAGUGCGCCAUACAUGGGCAAGGUCAUGCGUACCCCGAACCUCCUUGCGCUCCUCAAUCAUCCUAUCCCAACUUUGCGCAAGGGCAGCAGAGCGACGCGGCUGACUCUUCCUCCGAGCGCGCUCCCAACACAUUCCUUCCCGCGGACAAGCAGGAAAAGAUGCUAAAGGAGCUGUACGGACUCUAUCCAGAGCUGGCAGAUCCAGACAAUGCGCAAGUGGUGCAGAGCAGGAUAUGCUGGUACAGCGAUUCGGUGGAUGAAGAAUGGCUGAUAGAUUACGUUCCAGGCACGCGCGCCCUGGUCGUCUGCUGCGCAGACAGCGGACACGCCUUCAAGGUGAGCAGCAAGAGAAGCGUGUUCGCAGCAGCAACGCUUUGCCCAUGGCCGCAGCGCGCGCAGCUGGAUGGACGCAUCUCUCGCAACUCGCGCGCUGACAACGACGUGCUUCGCGACGCUACAUCAGUUCUUGCCCUUGCUCGGCUCGCUCGUGACCUCCCGCAUGCAGCUGACCGACAAGCCGCUCACUCCUCAUCAAUCUAAAGUCUGGUCAUUCGCCCAUCACCUGCAAGCUGUAGCUGCUCAUCGCACAGACCUCAACAUCAGGGGUCAGAUUUGA